GGAGGACCCCCUCCCCCUCCACUUUGCGGUGGUGGUUGCGGAAAACAGGCCCAUCAGAAGAUGCGCGAAUCCAGCCAGCAGGUCCAUGACGUGGUGACCGUGGCACCGGCAGCAGAGCCGGCGAGGCCGCUGGGCACGCGGGCGAGCGCAGCGCCUGCGGCCUCACAGGGAAGGGCUGGCCCACGGAUGCUCGGCAGGAGCGUGCACUGCGUGGCCAAGCACGCGAGUAUUGUCAGUCGUGCGGAGGCCCGCAGCCCACGGCGUCGAAUUUCUGCUGCCUCUGCGGCACUCGUCUGCCCAAGCUGAUCCUCAUGAUGCUGGCCAGCCAAUGAGGCAAGAUAUCGUCGCCUCAGUGACGGGGGUCACCAGCCUCGAACUGAUCCC